CUAGCUGGUAACAGUCUUCAAAUUAUCUCUCAAAUAGAUUCUCUCGCCAAAUGAAUCAUCUUGAAGUUUCCAGACACACGAAAUUAUUAAUGCUUAGUGCUUAUUAAUUCACAUACCAGAGACACGAGGGCAAACGCUUCAAACAUGAGCGUUUGCAGUUCUACACGCAGCUACGGGGAUGACCUGGACGAGUUGGAGUCAGUUGGUUGGUACCAUUAUGAUUUAUCUCGCCAUGCAGCUGAAGCUUUGCUCUUGUCAAAUGGUGUAGAUGGGAGUUUCCUACUCAGAAACAGCAACAAAGGACCUGACUGCUUUGCCAUAUCUGUCAGGGCAAAGGAUUCAGUGAAGCACUUCCAUGUGAAACGACAGUGUGGGAAAUACUCGUUUGGCUUCAAUGAGUUUCCCUCCCUUCAGGAUUUCAUGAGUCACUUCGCCAACCAGCCACUACUGGGCAGUGAAACAGGCAACCUAAUAGUGCUUCGGUUCCCAUACCCCCGACAGGUGGAGGAGCCCUCCAUCUAUGAGUCUGUGUGUGUUCACACGGCCAUGCAGACAGGUCGCCAUGAAGGUGACCUGAUCGCCAGCGCCCCAUCACUAGGCACAAAAGAAGGCUAUCUGGUGAAACAAGGAGCUAUUAUAAAGAACUGGAAACAAAGAUGGUUCACACUAAAUAGAAAUGAGCUUAAAUACUUCAAAGACAAAAUGUUUGCAGACCCCAUUCGUACCCUGGAUCUGACGGCGUGCUCUGCUGUUCAGUUUGAUUACAGUCAGCACAGGGUUAAUUGCUUCUGUCUAGUGUUCCCUGAGAGAACAUUUUAUCUGUGUGCCAAGUCCGGCGCGGAAGCUGAUGAAUGGAUAAAGAUACUGCGCUGGAAACUGUCACAGAUAAAAAAAGGCAGAUGAUGGUGAAGAUGGGGCAAGAAGUGAAGGAAUGGCUGACAUUGUGCGAGGAGUGCCCAUGUUGGUAUGACGAGAUGUAAUGGGAUGAAGUCAGAGAUCAAAGGUCUAUAUCUCAUUAGGGUCCUCUGGCCAUUGUAAUCCUAGGGCCUGUACUGGUUCCAAUGGCAACUGCCAUUGCAUAAAGUGAGAAGUCAUCCUAUAUAUCUUACUGAGCAAGAUGCAUCAUGCCCUUGUUCCAUGCCAGGACCUUCUGCUGCACUGACCACCUGUGGUGAGAAUGCGUUACAGGCGAAGAAGAAAGAGUGUUGAGAUGAAAGUAUAAACAGAGUUUUCUAAGACACCAAAUGAUAACUGUGGCCAUUUAAAUUUAUUUUUCCCCUGUGGAACCAAGUAGGACACUGCAGCACUGGCUCAUACAGCAGUGCAGUAGAAGGUACUGACAAUGUAACAGAAGUACCACACCGAAAAGACUAACAUCUGAAGUAACUUGAAUCAGAAUUACAAAGGCGGCUAUGCAAAUGAGUAAUUUGAAUGAGUAUCAAUUAGCAGUACAUCACAUCACAAAGAGGUCAAAGUUUGACGUGAGUUUUCAAAGCAACAGACAACAACUAUAAGUGAAAGAGGCCAAGUAGUCAGCCUUGGUGAUUUGAUAUCACCAAAUUGCACAGGAGAAAGAUGAGUGGUCACAAGCCAGAGCUCUCCACAGAUGUUAAAUUACCAUUAUUUUUAACGCUGUUUUUCACUCUCUUAAUUGCAGACUUGUUUAUGUCUAGAGAAAAACUUAGGAAGCUUUUAGCAUACAAUGUUUGUUGCCAAGUCUUAAACAUGAUGGUGGACCCAUAAUGAUAUGGACAGCCAUUGUGAUAGUCGUUAGCUCAGAUUGUUCUAUCAAGGUGAUUAUGACUGCACCUUUGACACAUUCUGGAGCAUGGAAUUUAAAGUAGAUUUAUGAUGUGACUCUAACAUGAAAGAAGGGACCAAAGAUAUCUCCAUUUUUCUAGUGUUUUUGCAAAAAACAAAACAAAAUAACAAAAAAAAAACUAAAUUUGCAAACAAGUUUCCAAUAUUUUAUUUUUUAAUUAAACCUUUCUAGUAUGGUGUGUACUUAUUUAUAUUUAAAAAAAAACUGAAUUGUUCACACAAUAGUGUGGCUUCCCCUCUGCUGUAAUAUU